UAUCGUGCGUGUGUUCAACUUGCCUGCAAUAGCUGGGUUAACUACUAUCGGGAAAAAUCACUGCGGACUUGUCUUCAUCCAAAGCUGCAGUUUCACGCACGGGUGGGAUUGUUAGAUCGUGCAGUAUGACGCGCGUGACGAGUCCCGUCUUCCUCAUCUGCGCUCUGCUAGUGAUAACUUCCGUCCAAUCCAAGCUGACCAUGCACCAGCAGCAUAUGAAAAUGCACCAGGAGCUUAUGAAGAAGAAACAGCAGGCAGCAGGGACGGCUGCUAAGCAGGAGGGUUCUGCCGUGACCCCGAGCCCGGCAACUGACGCAGCACCUCCGAAUGCAGAAGCACGGGCGGCUGGUCGAGGUUCCGCCAAUAAGAAUCAGCCUGUGACAACCCCUGAGCUGAAUAUAAAAAAUGUCCCGGCAAAUGCUGAUAGGGACCCCAAUAAGAUGACCAGAUCAGAGGGCACUUCAAAGGCGUCCAGCGCAAGACACUUUAAUCAAAAACUAGCAUCGAAGGAGACAAUCGGUGCUCCUGGAGGUACAAAUCAGAAAACCACGACCGAAUCUUCGCACCAACCCAAGAAAUUGGUUGAGACGGUUACCAGAGGCAUCAACCUUGAGAACACAAAGCCGUCGAAAGAACCUCACCUAAGCAUCCUCUCUGCGAAAAACCUGGCAUCAACAGAGGACCUGACAGGCAAACAGGAGGGAAAACCGGUUACACCUGACGAUGAGGUGAUCUUUAUCGAUGGCAGCGCUGAGGAUACCGGUAAGAUUGACGGGGGACGGGUCAAGACCUACCCUGACCCGGAUUUGGACAACGAAGAUGGGGGGCCUGGCGACAGGGAAGGAUCAAUGGAGGGCGAUAAUGAUGAUGAGGAUUAUUCCCGCGAGGAUUACGUUGACCAGAGACAAGAAGAGGCAGAGCGCGAGGCCAGGUCAAGCCUUGACGAAGAAUUAAUCCAUUCCCUGAGUUAUGAAGACUUUGAAGAUGCCCUCUACGAUGAGAAAUACAACAUGUUACAUUUUGUCUCCGCAGGAUGUGAAGAAUGUGAGAAGUUCCGACCCCAUUUCCGGAAGGCAGCGAAGAAGAUUUGGCUGACAGAGCAAGAGUCUGAAGAGAACGUGGAGGUGAUCUUCUACGAGGUGACGGACCCACAGCUACUGGUUAGGUUCAACCUCAAGGUUUUGCCAACCGUGUUCUUCUUCAGGAGCGGCGUGCCGAUUUUGUACGAAGGGGACUUAAACGCUGAUGCUUUAGUGAGUUGGGCCCUUGCCCACUUCAAGGUGCUGAGCUGGGCCCUAACGGACAAGAAUUUUGACAAACUGACAGCAGGGACCAAGGACCUGGACUCCACGGUGCGGUGGCUCGUCCAUUUCUGUGAUGUGGACGCGGUGGGCUGCGAUGGAUUCAUGGCGACAUGGGAGAGUGCAGCAUCCAGGUUGAAAGAUCAGGUCGAGUUUGGAUACGUUGACGUAGGGGUUGAGGCUGGCCUUGUGAAGCAGUUUAACGUGGAUCUGGACAACCUACCGGCUGUCGUCCUCCUAAAGCAGGGCCAAGCAUACUGGUGCACGCUUCCGCUCAUCGAACUGACAACUGAUAGCAUCGUGCACUUCGUUAAGGAAGGAUACAAGAAGAUCGAAGAAGAACACAUGCCAGCUAAACUAAGCACAUUAAUGACACUAAUGGUUAAAGUUGGUGCUAAUACUAAGGGCAUUGGCAUCAUGCUGGUCGCAACUGCUAUACUUCUGUACGUCAUCUACAUCUGCUUCUGUCGGAAGCGGCCACUCCCGGAUGUUGGCAAGGAAAAGGGAGUUUAACACAGACUGAAGGGGGAGGGGCGGACCCAGGACGACCAUUUUUUUUUAGGAGGGGGAUUUUUUCGGGGGCAGCCAAAAACUUGCUCAUACUUCUAUAUGGCCUUUCUAUGGGGUACGAGUACUUUGGGGCUUUUAUUACACGUUUGGAAGGAAAUUAAAUAAAAGUCCCAAACAACUGCCUUUGGGCAAGUAUUAUCCCCCACAAAAGCCCCGUUUCCCCCUCCUGGAUCCGCCCUUGGUCCUGAAAGUAACUCUUAGGUGGGGCCGGUGGUGGGGGCUUGGAAAGAUAAAACAAAAUGAA